AGUAUCAACCAGCCAGUAGUGUCCAAGUGCCGGCCCAGACUGCUCCUGCCUUGCCAAACGGCCCUUUGGCUGACAGCUGCUGACUCACAGAGGAGGAUGAGAUGAAAACUGAAGGAACCCGCAGUGUGACUUUCUAAGAGAAGAGGAGGAAAAAGCGCUGCUGUAAUUUAAGGAGAAGAAAAGGAACAAUGUCUUAGAGGAGGAGGAGUUGUUCAGACAGAACCAAGAGGCCUACAAGGCCACCAGGCUGCAGACAGGACUAGCACGGGUCAAGCCUACUUGUUGCACGGAAUACCGACAAUAACGGUCGGGCCAGCGGGCUGUUGACGGAAGGCGCUGUGGAGAUUAUUAAGGAUGCAGUCAUCUGCUCUUGGCAACCAUUAAACAGCGGACGCGACUUUACUUCUGCAGCAUCCGAGAAGGGCUCGCGUGUGUGAGUUAGUGUGUGAGCGCGUGCAAGAAAGAGCGUGUGUACGUGUGUUUGUGCGCGUGAGUGCGUCUGUGUUGUGUGUGUCACUAUGAGUCUUGUCUCGGGCUUCCCUCACCACCCGGUCAUGCACCACCACGACAGCCACCACUAUUCCCUACAUGCGGCGGCGGCCGGUCGGUGUCAUGAGGACACUGGGGCUCCUCCGUACUUUACGAGCUGGCUGAUAAGCCACGCGGAUAUGUCUCCCACCGAGUAUAGUCUCGCGCCCGGCUACAGCCCAGAGUACCAUGGCAACAGUGGCGGCGGCUCUACAGGCGGCCUGGACCCCCACCAUCACCAUCAUCAUCACUACGGACCCGGCGGGUUGGUUCCGGGGCCCGGCACCAUCUCGGUGAACGGAGCCACGGUCGGCAUGCACCAUCACCACACACACCCUCGGACCGUGAAGCGGAGACCCACGGCCAACCGUAAAGAGAGGCGGCGGACCCAGAGCAUCAACUCAGCCUUUGCCGAGCUGCGGGAGUGUAUCCCCAACGUCCCGGCCGACACCAAGCUGUCCAAGAUUAAGACACUGCGACUGGCCACCAGCUACAUCUCCUACCUGAUGGACAUCCUGGACAAGGACGGACAGCACGGAGACACGCAGGCCUUCAAGGCCGAGCUGAAAAAGACGGAGGCUCGGGAGGAGCGGAGGAAGAGAGAGGCGGUGGAGAUUCCAAAGACAACAUCAUCUUCAUCAUCCUCAUCCUCCUCGUCAGCGGGUGAUAAGAAGAGUAAAGGGCGGACAGGAUGGCCUCAACAUGUCUGGGCUCUGGAACUCAAACAGUAGCGCCCCCUGCUCUCUGUCCCUCUCCGGUCCUCGGGGAGCGGGACGGAACAGCCCUGAUGAACUGUAGCCGCAAUCAUAAUCAUCUCUGUGGACCUUCCCAUAGGACGGUGGACAGGAAGAAAGUAACAGUUUACUAUUGGUUUGCUUAUUGGUUGGAGUUGCUGAUAGAACAUAACUUCAGAUUGAGAACUCCACCACCUUUCUGCCUUUUGUUCUGUGUAAGACCUUGAACACUGAUCUCCUCCUCAAAUUUCUCGAGAAAACAACACCUAAUGAAAAUAUGACAUUUAUGUAAGCCCAUUCCCGCCAGUAAUAAAAAAAAUGAGAUGAAAAUGAAGCCUUGAUAAUAGAAACCGUUCAUGUUUAGUCAAAAUAACGAGGAAGAUAAUAAAUUUUAUGAGCUAAAAAGUCAUAAUCAUGAGAUAGAAAGUCAUAAUUAUGAGUUAAAGUCAAAAUUACGAAAUAAAAACAUAAUUAUUAAAUAAAAUUAUGAUCGAAAUUAUAAACAUAGUUAUGACUUACCAUGGGGAUAUUAUUUUUAUCAAGGCGAAGUUUUCAUCUUAUAUUUUAUUAUACUGGCGGAAAUGGGCUUCUAUACUUCCAUACAUUUUUCAUGUUCAUUUGAAAAGUUUGGAGAUUUGAAUUGAAAAACAUUUGAACAGAAAAAGCAGUAGCCUAUUUAGGGCUUCAAUAAAAUGUAUUAUUGUUUCCUUAAGUCAUCAUAUUUUAUGUCAGUUGGAACUUUGGCUAUUGGUUAAUUUAAAAUACAAUAAAUGUUUAUGAGCUUGAAAUAUAUGUGCGUUCGAGGUAGGAGAGUAGCAAAUACUACAUUAUCUAUAACCUUUGACCUCGUGAAUCAACUGACCACUUCUCCUCCUCUCCGUCUCUCUACAAGCUGGCAGUCUAAUCAAACAGGCUGUUGCUAUUUGGUGGCUGUGACCUAAGCCGAAUUAAAGAUCGGCCCAUAAAAGCUUGUAAGUUAUGUUCUACCAGGUGUGUACAUUGCGACUGAGAACAGAAGCUAAAGUCAGUUAGAUUGUGAAGAGUCUCUCUUCCUUCCGAGGGAAAACAGGAGUUGGGGUUAAAAACACACACACACAACAUGCUCUCAGCUUUAUUUAACGGAAUAUAUUUAUGUGCAAUGUGGCCGUUAGAAGGACCGAAACAGUGGACAUUUUUACUGAGUAUCUUUAAAGCGACAAUGUAUAUGUGAAGUUCUCUCUCUCUCUCUCUCUCUCUCUCUCUCUCUCUCUAUCUAUCUCUAUCUCUAUCUCUAUUUCUCUCUCUCUCUUUCUCUUCUCUCGCAAUUUUCGGUUGUAAAUGUAAUGACGUCACGGUGGUGACGAAAUUUCGGUGUUGUGGCGUAAAAUUGUGGUGGGAGUCUAAAUAAUGCUUAAUGUGGGAUGUAAACAGUGGCAUGAACUGAAUAAACCACCAUCUGGUUACGUGGUAACUGAUACAAA